CGUGGCAGCAGCCUGGCUAAAAGACCACUGUUUUUCCGGGCAUAAAAUCAUUUGGGUUCUCUAAAAGUCGUAAGAAUUGAACUGCAGUUUCAAAAAGUGUUGUCAAUAAGCCAAAGAAAAAUAGGACCUACCAGUGAUGUGUGUUAAAUAAAAUCUUUAAAAAAUAAAACUAUCAAAAACUGUUGAAUGAAAAAUAAGAAAACUUUGUUUAUGUGGCGCCACACUUGAUGGCUUUGACAUUGGCGCCACAUUUGCAUCCGGGCAGGUGUAAAUAUUCAUUUCUGUAGCUGGCAAAGUUGUUGCUGCCUGCUUUUAGCAUAAUUAAGCGCUUCGGGCGGGUCUGAGCCCGGCCAAAGGACCAAAAAGGAGCGAAGGACAGCAGCAAAAAAAAAAAAAAAAAUUAUAUAAACUUGGCUGGAGCCUUGGAACUUUGAAGAGCAGCCGCCAAAGCCGAAGCAGCUUUAAGGUCCUGAAGGCGAACUGCAUGGCUCUUCUGGCCAUCAACAACCUAAUGUGGAUCACGGCUGAGCGAUGAGGCAACGGACACUGGCCACCACCGCAGCAUGUCCUUGUCUGAACGGAACACACCCAGCCAUGGGCAGGGAACGGGAUCAGGAGGCGGGACAGGGACGGGGACAGGCACGGGAACAGGCACGGGUACAGGAGGAACCACACACCGCCAACGACCGCCGGACGUGGAGGAGGCCCUCUCCUCAAUGCUGUGGACGCCCUACGAGCGUACUCCCCUGCCCAGUUCGGAGGAGGAGGCCGAGGAGGAAGAAGACGAUGACGAGCGACUCAAUAGGAAGCUACGAAAGUCGCACAGCAGCUACGAGGCCUCGUCCUUGGCCCCGGGCCUGGCGUUGAGCCACCAUCUAUCCCACCAAGGAGCACUACCCCAGCACCACCUACCCCUAUUCGGACACCACCACCACCAGCAGCAGGACCUGCUCCUGGCCCUGCCUCCGUGCCCCGUGCCUUCGUUUCCCCCGUUUAGUUUAAGGGCCUUCGAUGAGGCCAUCGCCAGCUUCGAUCAUCUGGCCAAAGGAGGUGGCUUCUCUGGUGGCAGAAGGAAUCGCUAUUCGUUUCCCUCUUACCAGGGCAGCCCCUCACGAACACUCACCCAGUGGUGUUCCUCGGCUGCCACUUCUAUUAAGGAGCCGCCUUCCUAUGAAUCUUUAUACACCGACGGUCAAGCCAAAAGUGGGGCAGCUCCUCCUUUAACAACUUCAUCCCUGCUAGUCAGGGCCAGCGCGGAAGUGGCCCGCGAACCAUGUGAUAGAUCGCAACGAUCGCCAAAGAAAGCAGCAGCAGCAGUGGAGGAGGAACGGGAUCGAGACGGGGGUCAGGAUCAAGUUCAGGCUGAGGUCGGUUCCAAGGCUGCUAAACUAACGGCUAAUGUUCCCGCUGGAUUGGGUAUAAAGCGCUCCUUUACGGAUGACUACAUAUCGCAGAAUUGCGCUUCAUUCACGCCAGCAACAGCAACAACUGCAGCAGCAACUGCAGUGGAAAUUGCAACAAAGCAAAGCAGCAACACUGAGAAAGCAACAACAGAAGCAGAAACAGAAACAGCAACACAAAGCAAAGCAACGAAUGCGGGAUCACAACAAAGCGAAGAAAAUUGCAUUAUCAAUGAACAGAGCGAUGAUGAGGCAGCAACAACAGCAGCAACACCAACACCAAGACCAGCAACAGCAGCAGCACCAGAAGAGAGCAGCAGAGGAAACGAGGAAACCAGCUCAGUGGCAGUGCAGGUCACUCAACCUGUUUCCUGUGCCCAGAGAGAGCAAAGAGCGGCAGUGAGAGCGAUAGCCACGCCAGCAACACUGGGCUGGGAGAGCAAUUUCAGCAGCAACACCAGCCGCAAUGCCAGCAACAUCGGCGCCGAGCACGCAGCAGCGAUCAGUUUCUCGGCAACAUUCGACGCGGCAGCAAGCAACCACUAUCCGAGCAGCGGAAACUACGGCGGAUAUCGCUCAGUGUACGACAGCAAGAGUGUGCUGCGGCCCAACAAAUGUUUGGCAGAACUCGAGCGUCUGUAUGCCGAAUUUCGCGCGAGUGAAAGCAGAUUCGAGCGGGGACUGAGCCAGUUGGAUAUUGAAAACGCCAACGAGAUGCGUCUGAAUGUGCCAGCCACUGCCGCAGAUGCAGCAACAGCAGCUACUGUAUCAAGCAGCAGCAGUAGUGUGUUUCUCAAUAGCGACGAGGCCAAGAGCAUCAGCAACAUUGCAGUGUUGCCUGCAGCAAAAGAAACUGCUGCUGCAGCAACGGCAACAACUAGCAAGUCCUGCCAGCGACAGCCGAGUUUAACGAUCCAAGUGAACAACAAUAACAACAACAACAACGGCAACACUACUAACGGUACUAAUAACGGCAAUCGCGUCUCAGUGGCCUCCUCGCCCACAAGCAUUGUGAACAACAACAAUGGCGUGUGCGUUGUCAACUGCAGCUACACCCCCAGCAGCAGCAGCAGCAACACGAGCAACAUUGCCAAUAAUAACAACAACAACAACAACAGCAGCGUGGUGGAAAUCAAUAAUAAAGUGUUCAGUGCAAGUGUACAAAAUAAGCUAAAUAAUAAUAAUAAUAAUAAUAAAAGCAGUGUGCAAGCCGAUAACAGUGUGAAUAUAAUCAAUGUGAAUGCCAGCAACAGCAGCAGCAGCAGCAAUAGCAAUCCGCGCACCUUCACCUCAACGGAAUGCCAAACGGAUGAUCUGACCACCAGUUCAGCCAGGGAUACGCAGCAGCAACAGGAGCAUCAGCAGCAGCAGCAGCAACAGGAGCAGCUCCAGCAGCAGCAGCAGAUCCGGACACGCGAGCAGCGGCGCAGGGAGCGAAGGGAACGCAGGCAGCAACAGCAGCAGCAGCAACAAUUUCCCCCACAUCAUCCGCGACGUCAUCAUGGUGCAGCACCACCCCCGCCUCCCCCAGCCCAAUUGCAUCCGCCCCCACACCUGCAUCAUCCCCAUCCUCAUCCGCUUCCUCAUCCACAUCCUCUGCCCCACCCGCAUCCCGCUGCCAUAGGCUUGGCCAGGGCUCUGUUGCCGGACAUCCUGCAUCCCCAUUACCCGCCGCCCUACAGCGCCCUGCCCGUUCCUGCGGCAACGGUACCGCCCCCGCCACCACCCGCAGCCGUGGUUGCUGCAACGACAGCAGCGCAGCAGCAACAUGCAGCUGCGCCGCCGCAGCCGCCAGCUCUGACGUCCGUGAUUUCGACGGUGCCACUGCCGGGUCCGCUGCCGGCUCCGCUCAUGAACGAUGGACGCUUUACUCUGCCGCUGCCCAUCAUGCGCAGAUCCCCCUCGGAGAGGUCCGGCAAAGGCUGUUGCGGCCAGUGGUUCGCUGGACCGCCGCUACGCGCCCUCAUUGCCGUCGUUGCCCUGGGGGGCGUGGCCUGCGCCCUUGGCGGAGCGGCCUUGGGCGCCACGGGACUGGCCGGACCGCCCAACUCCCACCUAACGGCCGCCCUGCUAAUGAUUGGAGUCGGCGUUGUGCUGGUGACGGUAAGCGGCGCCGCCUGGCGGAUGACGGCGCCGGGCGGCCAAAGCUGUCUGGGCAUUGGAUUGGGCACCAGCGUGGACCUGGGGCGUUGUGGCCGUAGGCCCUGUAGCCGCGGAGGAGGAGCACCCCACGGGCUGCUCUAUCCGGAGUUUCAGCACCGACCGCCGCCGCCCUCGUAUCAGGCCAGCAUGCAGGAGUACCGGUUGAGACUUUUGCUGUUGGACCGCGAUCGCCAGAAUGGCGUGGUGCGUGGAAAUUCGCCGCCGCCCACUUAUCGAUCUCAUGCGGGCAGCCUGCUGAGGGCUCCACUGACCACCCUGCGCUCGGGAAUAGGCGGAGGAGGAGGAGGAGGCAGCGGCGCUGGAGGCACCAUCAGCAGCAGCAUGGGCGGUUCAGAGUACAGCCUGCCGCCCAGCUACCGUUCCCGUAAUGCCACGCCCGCGAGUCUGGUGUGCGGCGAGCGGAAUAUAGAGACAGCACCAUCCGGACGACUGCUGGCCAAUGAGGAUGUGCAUAUGCCGGAGCCAUCGGUGGUGGAGCAAUUGCCAGACUACACGGCGCUGCAGUCGAAUACAUUGCUCACCUCGGCCAUUGUGGAGAUAGAGUCAUCCAACAGGGUGACGGAGAGGGAACGGGAAUCCCAGCCGGCGAAGAGCAAGAGCAAGGAUCUGGUGACCAUUGUGACCAUUUCACAGUCUCCUGGAGCGAGUCAUAGCCACAGCCAAACGCAGACUCCAAACGUAGCUGGCCAGGCCAGCGGACUCGAUCAGAUCGAUAUAUUGGCGCAUCUGUAGCGAUCCGUAGCAUCGUUCAGACACUCGUUAACCCAAAGGUAUUUAUUUGUACGGAACUCAAGCUGCGGCAGCGGCUCCUAAUGAAUGUAAUGUAACCCCUACAUAUAUACUUGUAACCUAAGCUGUAAGAUGUUUGUUGUACUUGAAUGUGUUGAAUUUAUUUUUGUAAGCAUUAAGCAGAUGCGCAGCGUAGUUAUUACGAAUUCUAGAUACAUGCAAUUAUACCUACGCCUCUCUCUACCCAUUGAAGUAUUAAAGUACCCAAAAAAAAAACAAAAAUGUUAAAAAAACAAGAAGACGAAAACGAAAGGAAGACCUAUCGAAUUGUAAAUACAAAAUUUCGAAUACGAAUGCAUUUCUAGCAACUAAACUGAUAAACCCAGAACGAGAGAAGAACUAAGUAUAUAGUGUAUGUAGAGAUGCGUAUCCGCGGGAUACGCAUUCUUCGCAACGGAACGCUACGGUGACAAAUUUGGCGCGCAAUUUCGGAAACCACGAAUAUCCAACUGAAUACUGAACUUCGAUGUCGAUUUCGAUUUCUGAAUGCGUUUCGCACAAACAAAAUAGGUAGACCUACCCCUAAUGAUAUGUAAGUUACGACUAAUUGUGCUCGUGAGUCCUGCACACUCACUCACACACUCACUCACUCACUCACUCACACACUCACACAAGCGAGAACUAACUUAAAAGUCCUUUCCUGUAAUGUGCAAGGCGACGUAAACUAAACAUGAGAAUAAAAAAGCCCAACAAAUCGUUGAAAAAUGCCACAAAAA